AUGGCUUCAUUGGUGCCGGGUGUCCUCGUGAAGCUCCUUCAGCAUAUGAACACGGAUGUAAAAGUCGCCGGCGAGCAUCGGUCCUCGCUCCUUCAGGUUGUCAGCAUUGUCCCAGCGCUCGCGGGGAGCGAUCUGUUCACCAACCAAGGGUUCUACCUCAAGGUGUCGGAUUCAUCCCAUGCGACCUAUGUUUCCCUUCCAGAGGAACAGCAUGAUCUCAUCUUGAGUGACAAGAUUCAGCUGGGCCAGUUCAUCCAUGUGGACCGUCUAGAGGCAGCCACUCCUGUUCCCAUCCUUAGAGGAGUCCGCCGAGUUCCUGGCCGCCAUGCUUGUGUUGGCACCCCUGAGGAUCUUGUGGUAACCAGCUCCUCCAAUUUUCAUGGCAGCAAGAAGGCACAACCAUCAAAUGGAAUGAAGGAUGCCAGCAUCUUGUCACUAGAAAAGGAAACGAGCAAAUUGGAGAAAAUAAAUGCUUCGCGCAAGCCUACUGGGGCAGAAAAUAAGAAGCCGAUGCUCACCAAAUCAAACUCUUCACUGUCAAGACAAGCUUUGAAUGGGAUUGGUGAUAAGAAGGAAGCAGUUAAAUCAAAGCUGAAGCCAGCUAUUACUAGGUCGACACCUUCAUCACCAACCAGUGUCUAUUCUCUGCCUGCAUCAUUCGACAGAUUCUCUAAUGAUCUGAAACAGAGGAACAAAGUAAAAGGAGCAGAGAAAGCUUCAUCUUCUAGGCUUUCCUUGUUAGAAAAGGCUGCUUCUGUUUUGAAGGCUACUAGUGCCGGGAGAAAGUCCUCUGCUGGCAAUUCGGUCAGUAGCUCUGUGUUGAGCAUUGGAUCAGGACCAAAGGCCUUGAGAAGAAGCUGGGAAGGAAACACGGAUAUUAAAGGAAAAGGCAAUUCAGAAUCAAAGACAGCCAAACCUGACAGGAAGUUUGAUAACAAGAUCCCAAUGACUCCUAGACGAAAAUCACCAGUGGAUGAGAAGGUGCCACAUAAAGAUGAUAGUCAGAAAGCUGCUAGGAAGAGCACCGCAAGUGCUCCCUCAGAUGACGCCGACAAAGCAGUUAAGAAGCAUAUUCCUACUGUGAAGAGAACUUCUGGGGUUUUAGGAAAUUCUAAUGUUACAAACCUAGUGAAGAUUCCUCCCAACAGCAAAAAACUAACAGAUAUUAGCACGUGGACGUCACUCCCUCCAUCACUUGCCAAACUAGGAAAGGAGCUUCUGAAGUACAGGGAAUCAGCACAAAUAGCUGCUGUUGAGGCCAUGCAAGAAGCUUCCGCUGCAGAGAGCUUGCUCAGAUGUUUGAGCUCGUACGCGGAGGUGAGCUCCACGGCGGAGGAGCAGAACCCACAGCCAGCCGUAGAGCAGUUCCUCACCCUCCACGCCGCGCUUUCGCGUGCCACGGUGAUCACCGACACCCUCACCAAGUCUGCCACAUCUGCAGCGUCGCCAGAUUGCUCGGCAGCCAGCGAUGCUGGAACGGUGGGCUCCGCUACCGACGAGGAGGCCGCUGCCAUCGCAGCCGAGCGCCGGCGCCGUGCUACGUCCUGGGUGAGCGCCGCUCUCGCUACGGACCUGUCCGCCUUCGGCAUCUACAACCUCAAACCGGCCCCCGCCACCGUCUCCUCACCACUGGCCGUGGUGGUCGUCGACGAGUCCGCGAAGCCGGCGGCGGCCGCGGCCACGGCUACGAAAUCAUCGCCGUCGCCGAAGUCGCGGCUGUCCCCCGCGAAGGGGAAGGCGAGGACUGUCACUGCGGCGGCCGCAGCGGCGCUGACGACGACGCCCGCGCCGCCGGAGUGGGAGAGGGGAGGGGGCGCCGAGGAGAGGGGCGAGCUGGCGAAGCGGCUCGGAGAGGAGUCAAGGGGCUGGUUCCUCGGCUUCGUGGAACGGUUCCUGGACGCCGACGUGGCGGCGUCCGCGCCGUGGGACCGCGAGCGCGCGGCCAGGAUGCUUCCGCAGCUAAAGCGCGUCAACGACUGGCUCGGCGAGAUCGGGAAGCGAAGCGAGACUCCGUCGCUGCCGCCGGCCGACGCGGACGGUGAGGCGACCACCACGAGCACCGCUGCCCCUGUCCCCGCGAACGGCGGCUGCGGUGUACCCGAGGAGACAAUAGGGCGCCUAAGAAAGAAGAUCUACGAGUAUCUACUCACCAAUGUCGACUCCGCCGCCGCAAUGCUCGGCGGUGGAGGCGGCGGCGCGGCGGCCGCGCCGAUGAACGGGAAAAAGAUGAGGGGGCAGCCGUCCUUGCUGCCAAGUGUGCGGAAGCAAUGGCCCGGGAAGCCACUGCUGUAUGGAAUCAGCACUCUCUUGGUCAUGCCACUGAGGACACUGUAUGGAGUGGGUCGUGUUUUUGGCGCAGGGCGGUUCCUCUGCAACAUGACCAGCGUCUCUUCGUCGCUGCAAAUUGAGCUUGUACCAUGCCUUCGAGAUAACUAUGCAUAUAUCCUGCAUGAUGUUGAUACUGGAACAGUUGGAGUUGUCGAUCCUUCUGAGGCUAUGCCUAUUAUAAAUGCAUUGGAAAAGAGAAACCAGAACUUGACUUAUAUACUGAACACCCAUCAUCACUAUGAUCAUACUGGUGGAAACUUGGAAUUGAAGGCAAAAUAUGGUGCAAAGGUAAUUGGUUCUGAGAAGGAUAAGGACAGAAUACCUGGUAUUGACAUCACUCUUAAGGAGGGUGACACAUGGAUGUUUGCUGGCCAUCAAGUUCUUGUACUGGAGACUCCUGGGCAUACAUCAGGUCAUGUGUGCUAUUAUUUUGCUGGUUCUGGAGCUAUAUUUACAGGUGACACCUUGUUCAAUCUAUCAUGCGGAAAGCUUUUUGAAGGGACUCCACAGCAGAUGUAUUCCUCACUCCAGAAAAUUACAGCUCUACCUGAUGAUACAAAAGUAUACUGUGGGCAUGAAUAUACCUUGAGUAAUUCAAAGUUUGCCUUGAGUGUAGAACCAGGAAAUAAAGCAUUGCAGGAAUAUGCUGCAAAUGCAGCUGAGUUGCGUAAUAAGAAUAUACCCACGGUGCCAACAACAAUUGGAAGGGAGAAGGAAUGCAAUCCUUUCUUGCGGACCACCAAUCCAGAAAUUAAGAGAACACUGUCUAUUCCAGAUCAUUUCGAUGAAGAUCAGGUGCUUGAAGUUGUCCGUCGAGCAAAAGAUAACUUCUGA